UGAGUUUAGUGCUUUUCCCUCCUUUUUUCUCGUGUCGAAAUUUAUGCAGUGGAGGUUUGUACUGAGGAAAAAUGGGUCCAGCAGAACGGAUCUGAGUGUACUGGUUUUCUCUUUCUUCUGUGGAGAUAUAUGCAGUGGAGGUCUGUACUGAGGAAAAAGAAGAGGGACAUUUUUCUUUUGGUCCUGGAGCUCCACAUAUGGGAAGACGUUUGUGGGUGCUGCCUUAUAUUAUCUGAGAUAAGCAACCUGAUGCUUCAUCUCCAGCUAGUGGUUGCGUCAAAAGGUGGUCUCUGUCUCUGAUGUGAUGAUCUCGUUCUGAUUGUUGGUAUUUGUAGUCGAGUAUCCUGAGAAUUGUGGCUCUGAGCAAGCCAGCUACUGCGGUUAUAAGGAAAGGACUUGCUGCUGGGUAGACGUGAGCUUUCCAUGAUGGUCUUCUAUCGAGAGGAAACUGCCUUCAAGCAUGUUUGUCUACGUCAGUAGCAUUUAAUGAUUAAGAGCUUCCUGGUCUUCUAUUACAUCCCUUCUAUAAGGAACAGGCGGCAACUCCGAUGUCAGCUCUUUGAGGUGGUUCUUUGGCUAUUUUACUCUGUGUCGCUCCUGUAAUGUGAAAAAAGCAGCAAGGAAGCAUGGAAGUUCUAUCUGAUGAAGCUAGUCAACUCCCACUUGCAAAGGAAAAAAAGGGUCCUUUUCAUGUUCUCUUUGGAGAAGCUAGGCAUAUUUUCAGUAUGGAUGAGCUAGGCAGAGAGAUUCUGCAGAUCGCAUUUCCUGCAGCACUGGCUUUAACGGCUGACCCAAUCGCUUCUUUGGUGGAUACUGCAUUUAUCGGGCAAAUAGGCCCAAUAGAACUUGCUGCAGUAGGAGUUUCUAUUGCUGCGUUUAAUCAAGUCUCACGGAUUGCCAUCUUCCCACUUGUAAGUGUCACCACAUCCUUUGUGGCAGAAGAAGAUGCCAGAUGCCAAGCAUCUACUGAUGAAUUAACUGACUUGAAGUUGGAAAAAGGAAUCAGAAAAGGGGAAGAAACGAAAGAGCUGUUGUCAAAUGUUGAUUUUGCACAAUCUUAUAAGUCUUCAUGCAUCACAAGCAUGGACCAAAAACUGGUGGAUGGGAGACGAUGCUACCCAUCAGUGUCUUCUGCAUUAAUCAUCGGUGGAGUUCUAGGCAUUCUUCAAGCUGCUCUUCUUAUUAUUGGCGCGAAACCUGUCCUGAAUUUCAUGGGAGUGCAUUCUGAAUCUCCUAUGUUGCCUCCAGCACUAAAAUACCUGACCUUGAGGUCCCUUGGUGCUCCUGCAGUUCUUUUGUCUUUGGCCAGCCAAGGGGUAUUUCGUGGAUUUAAGGACACCAAGACUCCUCUCUAUGCCACUGUGGUUGGAGAUGCAACAAAUAUUAUUUUAGAUCCCAUUCUCAUGUUCAUAUUUAAGUUAGGUGUUACUGGUGCUGCAAUUGCUCAUGUUACUUCUCAAUACUUGAUUGUCUUCAUAUUGUUGUGGAAAUUAAGCACUCAAGUUCAACUUUUGCCAAGUAGCAUCAAAGAACUAAGAGUUGACAGAUUUCUGAAAAGUGGUUUUCUGCUACUUGCUAGAGUCAUAGCAGCAACAUUUUGUGUAACACUAUCUGCCUCCUUAGCUGCACGUCAAGGAUCAAUACCGAUGGCAGCAUUUCAGAUCUGCUUGCAAGUAUGGUUAGCAACUUCACUUCUAGCUGAUGGUUUAGCAGUGGCUGGGCAGGCAAUACUUGCAGGCGCAUUUGCCAAAGAAGAACAUAAUAAGGCGAGAGCAACUGCAUCGAGAGUCUUGCAGCUUGGUUUUGUACUUGGGCUGAUUCUUUCAGUAGUUCUUGGAGUUGGCUUGCAGUAUGCGUCAAGAUUAUUUACAAAGGAUCCUAAUGUUAUACAGCUUAUGCAUAUUGGAAUCCCGUUUGUUGCUGUCACUCAACCUAUUAACUCAAUCGCCUUUGUGUUCGAUGGAAUCAAUUUUGGAGCAUCCGAUUUUGCUUAUUCAGCAUACUCUAUGGUUUUGGUUGCCGUUUUCAGCAUCUUUGCUUUACUGAUUUUGUCAGCGACACAUGGUUUUGUUGGCAUCUGGAUUGGAUUGACAAUUUACAUGACUCUUCGAAUGUUUGCUGGAUUGUGGAGGAUUGGCACAGCAAGUGGACCUUGGAGUUUCUUGAGAAGUUGAUCGCCUUUGCUUCAACAUUUUUCUAAUGCAUGCAGUGUUGUCCAUGGCCAAGGUGGAAGAUCUUUCUCUCUUUUUGGAAGAAUGCAAGAGGAAGGCGUAAAGGUUCAAUUGGAUCACCAUAAAUGGAGUACUGUCAGUAUAUUGUAUGAUGUCAGAAAAGAAUUAAAGAUUAAUCUGAUCAAGUUAUGUGUGUCCAUGAGCAAUUCCCAAACUUGAAACUAAAAAUGCACAUCGACUCUUCCUGGAGUCUAUCCUCUUGCCUAUGGUUUGAGCAAGGGAACAAGACAAUGGAAAUUAACAGCACUGGUUGGAAAGAGGAAUCUCAGUUGUCUAUACUUGGAUGACAGGAAGGAUAGAUUUGAUGGAAUAAAGGAUCAGCUAUAGAUCCUGAAGGUGUUCACUUGUUGGCAGUACUAGAAGUGCAUGUAGCUAAAGCUGCUUCUGCAGUUAAAUGUGAAUUACAAUUUCAUAAUGUCUUAAAAGCAAAAUUUUCGCAUAGAACCUUGUAAGUCUUGAAAUUGUAAAGACAUAUCUUGUGCAUCCUAUAGAGAUAAAGGAUUGCUGAUGGGUUA